AUGGCUGAUCACAAGGCUAAAGUUUCGUCCAUGUGCACAGAUAUUGCUAAGUUACAAGCUUCCGUGACGUUGCUCAACCACAUCUCAACCGCAACUCUUGAACCAUCCUCCACAUCCGCUAUUCUCUCAAAUUCGUCCACACCGUCUCUACAAGCUAGUCUCCUUCCCAAUCCAUCUAGGGAUUCCAAGUUCCAAGGCCACUUGGGCCUUCCAUCCUUUUCUGAGGGGACAUCUAUGGUUCGAUCCGAACCAAUUUUUUCCGCAGGAUCUGUGUCUAAACCACAUUAUACCCAACAUACAAUGGGUUCUUCUCUAGUGGACGCCACUAUCCCUCCCCCGCCACCUCGACCCAAAGAACAAAACAUCAUCCACAGAAACUUGGGUUUUGAGAUUGCUCGUCAUGCUAAGCCUACUGCUCCCGACUUCGAUGGUCGCGGGGAUCCUACUCUUUUGUUGAUUGGAUAUCGGUUAUGGAAGAUUAUUUUGAAUGGUGUGAUAUGUCUGAUGCACAACGGAUUCAGUUCGCCAAACUCAAACUGGGAUGAUCUCAAACACGAGGUAAGUAGGCCAUGUCCGGAUGUGUUGGAGGACGCCUAUUACCAAGCCUUGGGAGCUGAGACAUAUUUGUCACCACAACAUUCAGGAUAUUCUGGUCAACUUGCAACUGCCAACCAAACUCUUCCCACUAUAGAUAUGCAGACGGGGUUUUUAGGACCAUCUAACCCACCUGCACCACCACCUAACAAAGGACCGGCUGUUUCUACUAAUGCUCGCAUCGAAUGUUUCCAUUGCCAUGCCAAAGGACACAUUGCUUCUCGUUGUCCGCAACGAACUUUAACUAUCAACACUCCCACUAGUGAGCUUUGUGAGAUUGUGGAGCCUCUCGAAGGUGUCUAUGAUCCAAACAUUGAUGAUUGUUGA